UUCACACAUUUCAGUGACAGCCUCCUCUCUCCACCCGUCGCUCUUUCUUCCCCUUGGGACGAAAACCCUAAAACCCAAAAUCCAUGGCGGGCAAUGAAGGAGAAAGCUCAAGCUCAUCAUCAGCAAAACCAUUGAUCGUCAGAGUCAAGAGAAAGUCUUCACAAUCCCCACUCGAAGCUCUCUGGUUAGAAAUCAAUGAAAGACCACUUAAAAGACCAUUGGUUGACUUUGAUAAACUGUCUAUCACCACCGAUUCAUCCAUUACAGAGAUUGUAGAGAGAAAGAAAGUAUUGGUACAACAUGUAGAGACAGUUGCUAGUUCAAAAGCCUCGAUCCAAGUCUUGCAAUCAAUUGUGGUGCCUAACUCUGAAGAUGCUGUUGAUUUCAAAACUAAGGUUGAGGAACGAAGACAGACUUUCAAACAAGAGAAUAAGCAAGAUAAGUUGCUGUUGAGAGCUAGAGAAAAGCAUGAGGAUAUGGCAAAAAAUGCUCGGUUUGAGCAAAUAUGGAAGAGGAGAAAGGGAAAGGGCAUACAUGAAAUGUGCAAUAUUUAUGAUGUUGUUCGUGUUGAUGAAGAGGAAGAAAUACCAAAGAAGGUGGAACAAACAGAAGACAUGUCUUUGGAGGAUAGUCAAAUUUUGUGCAACUUUAUGCCUCUUCUAAGGGAGUAUCUUCCAGAGGUUGCCUCAGAGAUCCAAUCUGAUAUGUACUCAUACAUUAACAACGGUGGAGCUAUGAUGGAUGAUUACGUUUAUGACUUGUACGCUGUGAAGGACGAGAUGAACACAGCUGAACAAGAAGAUGAUCUGGAUGCAUAUCCCCUAGUUCAAGUAGGUGAAGAUGAUGAUUACUAUGAUGGACCACAGGAAUCUGAGUGGGAUACCAGCGAUUCAAACGCUGAAGAUAAUCCACUGAAUGAAUACCCAGACGAGGAGUCGUCAGAAGAAGAAUCUGAGGAAGAGGAAGAGGAAGAUGACGAGGAUGAAGAUGAGGAAGAGGAUGAGGAUGAGGAUGAGGACAAGGAGGGUGUGACUUGUGUCAGAGGCUUCAGAGAACUUGAUGAGUUCGGUAAAACUAAGACUCUACACAGUUCUGAAGACGAGUACUCGUAUGAAGACGAAGAUGAAGAUACAUUAGCUGAUGAUGAAGAUGAAGAUAGCUGGAAAUGGAAACAUCGCUGAGGCAUAUUGCUUCAACAAGAACACCGUAUCAACAUGUUCAGAUGAAAUUUUGAGGUUUGGGUCUAUGAACUUUUGUGAAUACUGUCAGCUGAAUAGAAUUUCAGUGCUUAGACUCGGGCUUUUAUAGUAAGUAGUGUAAGAACCAAAAACAUACGACUAAACUCUGCAAUUAGCAGACGCAUCUUUCCUAAGUUUCCUUUUGCUGCUGCGUUGUCUUGUUUGUGAAGAUUGGAAAAGAUGCGAGGGAUCUUGAAUCUUAAUGAUUUUCUGCGAAAAUUGAUGUGAUGGUA